AUGAUUCUCUUUUUUUUUUCUUCCUCCUCCUCCUCCUCCUCUCUUUUCAGCUCUUUCCCUUCUCUGUCUUUCCCUUUUCCCUUCUCUCUCUCUCACCUUUUUCCUUCUCUCUCUCUCACCUUUUUCCUUCUCUCUCUCUCACCUUUUUUCUUCUCUCUCUCUCUUUUCCUUUCCUUUUCUUCUCUCACCUUUUUCUCUCUCACCUUUUUCCUUCUCUCACCUUUUUUUCCUUCUCUCACCUUUUUCCUUCUCUCACCUUUUUCCUUCUCUCACCUUUUUCCUUCUCUCACCUUUUUCCUUCUCUCACCUUUUUCCUUCUCUCACCUUUUUCCUUCUCUCACCUUUUUCCUUCUCUCACCUUUUUCCUUCUCUCACCUUUUUCCUUCUCUCACCUUUUUCCUUCUCUCACCUUUUCCUUCUCUCACCUUUUUUCCUUCUCUCACCUUUUCCUUCUCUCACCUUUUUCCUUCUCUCACCUUUUCCUUCUCUCACCUUUUUCCUUCUCUCACCUUUUUCCUUCUCUCACCUUUUCCUUCCUCUCUCCUCUUAUUUUUUUUUUACUUUUCUAAUCUCCCCUCUUUUCAUCUGGCUUACAGCCAUAUCAAGUUGAAAUACUGCUCAGCACCUAGAUGA